AUGAAUGAUGGAAGCUCUCCCGAGGGUGCAGGCCCUGAGCACUGCUGCGGGGACUUGGGAACACGCCAGUCUCCCAUGCCCUGUGAGAUGCCAGUUUGGGUGGGCACCGUUCCGAAUGGGUUCUCUCUUCUCCAGGAUACACGGCAGGGUCCUGGGGGAGCGCCUCCAGGCAGUGGAGCUGCUGAAACCGUGACAGUCGAUGGUCAGAACCUGGCAACCGACAACGUGUCAGUGAUCGAGGGGGAAACAGCCACUAUAAGCUGCAGAGUGAAGAACAACGACGACUCCGUUAUCCAGCUGCUCAAUCCCAACAGACAAACCAUCUACUUCAGAGAAGUUCGACCUCUGAAGGACAGCCGGUUCCAGCUGGUGAAUUUCUCUGACAAUGAACUGCGGGUGUCUCUGUCCAAUGUGUCACUCUCGGAUGAGGGACGCUAUGUGUGCCAGCUCUACACAGAUCCUCCUCAGGAAGCCUACGCAGACAUCGCUGUCCUGGUCCCUCCAGGCAACCCAAUCAUCGAGAGCCGGGAAGAUGUGGUCAGCGAGGGGAACGAGACGGAGCUCACCUGCACAGCCAUGGGCAGCAAGCCAGCUGCCUCCAUCAGAUGGAUGAAAGGGGAGGAAGAACUGACAGGUGAGACAACAGUUGAGGAGACGUAUGACAGGAUGUUUACUGUCACCAGCCGGGUGAGAUUUUCUGUCACCAAAGAGGAUGAUGGGUUGCCAGUGGACUGCAUCAUUGACCAUCCAGCUGUAAAGGACCUCCUGGCUCAACGACAUUUGGAAGUGCUAUAUAAACCAGAAGUGAAGAUUGUGGUGACAUAUCCUGACGGCUUAACCAGAGAGGGUGAUAAUCUAGAUUUGACAUGUAUUGCUGAAGGAAAACCACAUCCCCAUCAGAUCAACUGGCUGAGAGUAGACGACGAUGUGCCGCCUCAUGCUGUGGUCACCGGCUCUGAUCUGUACAUCGAAAACCUCAACAAGUCUUACAACGGCACCUAUCGCUGCGUGGCGUCCAAUGCUGUGGGAGAGGCCUACGAUGACUACAUCCUCUACGUAUAUGACUCCAGAGCCAGCGAUGGGGCACCGCAGAAAAUUGACCAUGCUGUCAUCGGCGGAGUGGUUGCCGUGGUGAUGUUUGCCAUCCUCUGUGCACUCAUUGUUCUUGGUCGAUACUUUGCCAGACACAAAGGAACUUACUUCACACAUGAGGCCAAAGGGGCGGACGACGCAGCCGACGCAGACACGGCCAUCAUCAACGCGGAGGGUGGACACAACAACUCAGACGAGAAGAAGGAGUACUAUAUCUAAAUCGAGCAGGCCAGGAGAGACGGGUGGGGAUGCUGGUGGUGGUGGAUGUGCUUUGAGAGUCUAACUCUGAUUUCUUACAAGAAGGCUUGAGGCAGGGAGUGUGAGAUUUAAAGAGGAAGAAAAGAAAACGUGGAAAGUAGGACUGGCAUGGCCAAGUGGUAAGAAGAGGCUUUGCUGAAUCUCCUAUCCGACCCUUCCUGGACUGCUGGGGCCUAUUCUGUACAGUUCAAUUAUUUUACAGACAAUUUUGUGCCUUGUUCUAUUUCUUUUUUUCUCCCCCCCCUUCAAAUUUUUCUUUGGAUUGUAUUUUUUUUCAUUAUACCUAACCUAAUCCUUUGAUACAUUUGGGUUUUGGAAAGUAAAUAGUCCUGGUGUUUGUGUUCUGUUUUUAGCUCAUGUACCCAGAUCAGAGGAGCCAGCUCACAGACACUUUUAUUAUUAUUUGUUUGAGUAAUCUCAAGACUUCAGUAACUGAAACACAGUGUCAAUACUAUCCUCCCUGCUGGGUCAAAGUUCAACAGUCCUUGCAAAUUCCUACCAUACUUGUUUUGACAUACUUAAGUGCAUAUCUUAUUGACUCCCCUUUGAGGUCAGGUUCACUGUGUUGAUUACUAAUGUAACAGUUGUGAGUAAUCUUCAUGCUCGUCUUAGAAUGUAUUUGUUCUUGAAAGUGAAGUAGCAGUGCCGUUUAGUAUCAUUUCACACCAAACCGCAGUGUACAACUGGCCCCUCGCUGGUUUCAAGACAACAUCUGAAAUAGAUGUGAGGUCAGUUUAGUAUUGUUUAGGGUAUUGUGGAGUUAGACAGUAAGACAUCUUGAACGCUGUAAUGUGCCAUGAACUAGAGUUCAAAUUUCUAUAGAGAAAAAUCAGAACCAAUAUAUUUAACAACAUAUAACAUGUACUGUCAUCUGCUUUCUUUGUUUUUGGAGUCAAGAGCUGAAAAAUGGGGUCAAAAAAACAUUAAUGGCGUAGUUGGACAUUUGAGAAAUUGUGCUUUUUUGCAUUAUUGGCAUGAGUAAAAUUGAUUCCUCCAUCGUGUCUAUUAGCUACAUGCAAGCUAACAACAAGCAGCCAGUUAGCUUUGCCAAGCAUUAAGACUGAAAACAGGAAGAAACUGUUCUGUCAAUAGGUUAAAAAAAAAGACAACAAACACCCAAGCUGUCAUUCCCACACUUUUGUUGUUGUAAAGGUUUAACAAACAAGUUGAUACAUGAGCUUUAGAGGCACUCACAGGUGGAUUAGUUACAUUUGGCCAGUGUCAGGCUAGCUGUUUCUCUGUUUCCAGCCUUUGUGCUAAGCUAAGCGAACAGUCGGCUCAUGUUCAUUCUGCCGACAUAGUUUGAAUGGUUUUGAUCUUCGCAUUUAAGUAUAGGAGAGAAGAAAUACAUGUAUUUCCCAAAAUGUCAAACUACUCCUCAAAAGCAGAAUAUCUUUGUUUGUAAUUACUUUGUCGGAUGGACUUAAAACAUGGUAAAAAAAAGCGGCUAAUAAGUACAGAGCCAAGAAAACAGAUUAUUAAAAUUAAAUGGAUUUUAAGGUCAGACUUUACUUUUAGUAUGUACAAAUAAACUCUGCAGUACCUCAAAGAGUGACGAUUCCUGCCGCAUAGAUAAUGAAAUCGAAUUAACAUGUAUUAUUGCUAGAUAUUGGUACAGCCUGCUGUGCGUGCUUUUGGUUUGAAAUUGAAAUUCUUCAUAUUUUCAUACCACCCACACGGUCGACCCUGGACCAAAUAUAAUAAUAAUGCGAGUGUGCAUACAAACAGUGAAUAUCACUUGUAUGAGGCAAAGGCUGAAAGUCCACUGUGCAGAGAGCUCCUCUCUAAAUAAUUGAUUUUAAAAAGAAGAUGAUACAGUACAUUAACCAUUUAAUUGGAUACAUUUCCAGGGCAAUGGUUUAUUUUAUUUUGCAAAGUUUUAUAUUUAAAUUUGAUAAUACUGUUCAAAUAAAGAGGAAUUGUUACACUUUCAAUAAAAAAGUUUCCUUUCAGUGAGAAUAACCGACCAUGGUAUGUCCCUGUGAAUACCUGAAAAAAAUUAAUAUUUUUGCUUAAUUCCUGGCUUAGAAAUCCUUGCCACACAAUACACUGUUUUGCCCUUGCCCAUACACAAGUGUAAAAAGUCAUUCAGUCAUUGAACAUGUGAAUCGGUUAUAUUUCCUUUCUGUCUGCAAAGACAUUUUACCUUUGGGCUUUGAUAUCUUGUAAGGACUGAGGGUCUCACAAGUUAUCAAAGAUUUGCGUUGAGCUUUAGACUUGGUUUGCGGAAAGAUCAUUUUCUUACUGUCAUCCUGCAGCCUCAAACCUUUACAAAGGAGCCGUCUACUGUCACAAAUGUAUUUUUUUUCCCCCACUAACACAAAUCAGAAGAUCCUGCACUUGCUCACAGAUACGCAGUGUGCACACCGUGCAAGCUUCAUGCCUCCGAGUCUGUCACAGCUAGGAGUGUAAAGCCUGUUUGGUAAUUAGAAAGGGAUUUCAUUGUGUUACCUGAAUAAGACAAAAAAAGAAAACUGUAAAUGUAUUGUGAAAAAGGAUAACCACUGCCUUAAAGCUAUCUCUUGAUACUCAUUAAAAGAAACGACUGAAGGACUUUAUUUAGUGCCUUCUAUUAUUUUGAGGCAUAUGGUUAGUAUCUUACAGUAUCCUCAUGUACACUCUUACAGUAUAUAUUGUAUAUUUCUCUCCUUUCUAACUUACAGGGCCAAUUCUCAUCCAGGUUGUAUGUGUUCAACCAGACUUGCAUCACAAUUACCGCCUGGAGCAUAAAAAAGCUAAAAUGAGUUAAAAUAUAUAUAUAUUUCUUUGUUUAUCAGGGUGGUGUGGCAGCUUCCAAUAACUACAAUGUCGUAAGCCAGGGUGUAGUAUUUAUUUUCUUAAUGAGUGAUCGCAAAACAAAUUCAAUUUGGUCAUAAUUAUUUUCUCUGCUCUACUUCACUUGUUAUUUAUUUGGAUAUCUUCAAGGACACGGCUUGCUAUUAAUGUCAGACAGGAAUAUGUUACAAAAAGCUAUAAUAAGCUACAAUAAAAGUUCAUUUUUCAAGAUUUUAAAUGGAGUUUUGGUGUCAUGGAAACAGCUAUGUGCAUGACAUUUUAUUUUGAGGGUUGAUAUUUAUCUUAAAUGGUUUUGAAGUGACUUCUUUUAAAUCAAGGAACAUAAAAAAUAUUGUCGAAAUAAUUUUAAUCCAAUGUUUUAUUUGUUUUAAAUAUUUGAUAUCUAGAAUGUUUGUUUUCACUCUCUCAGGUUCAUGAGUGUUAAUAGUUGUGUUUUGUUUUUUUGCAUCUCAGGUAGAAUGCAAAUUAAAGGCCCUCCCAGUAUAUACUGUAGUACCACAGAUAUUCAAACAGUGACAAAAUCACAAGAUGUACAUGUUUAUUCCCAUUUCUACAUGUUUGUCUUCUUAAUAUGGUGCACUGUUACAGUAAACGUUAAAUAUUAUUUUGCAUAGACCUAGUUCACAAAGAAAUACAACUAGAUUUGUUAAGCAGCCGAAAAUGAUGUACAAUCAGUGUCAACAAAAUCACAACGAUGUUCAUGAAACUUCUUCUUCUUCCACCUUAACACUUUGCUCAUACAGUAUUGGUUAUUUAGUCAUUAUAGGGUGUGACCACAGACAGUCAAUCAAGCAUCUGUUUGUAUUCAUUCAGUUCAGGCAUCAUUUUGAUGGAUAAAAAGAUGGUGUAUUUACUGUGACAUUAAGUUUUAUGAAUGAUCUGUAACAUGUCUUGGAUAUUUGGAUUAAACUCAUGUUUAAAGCCCUGACUGGGGAGGGGAGUGUGUGGGGGUGGGGGUUGUUGGUUGUUUUAUUACACCCAAAAAUUGUUGUUUUUCUUGUUAAAUCCUACAUUUCUCUCAUUACCCAGGUGACAUUUUUUCCUUUGUAUAGUGAAGAGGAUGUUUCUCAUACGACCAUGCAUAUUUUGUAUUGGUUCACACCAACAUUUUUACAAAAGAAAAAAAAAAUCCGAGGAGUACUUGUCUUAAUAAAAGAU